AGCGCGCUGACGAGACUGCGCCCAUCAUCUCUCUCUCACAACACACAUAUAGACAGAGAGAGAGAGAGAAUCAGUGUGUGAACAAUGGAAGCAUCCAGCAGCUGAUGUGAUGUGUAAAGCUGCAUGUCCUGCGCUCGUGACGGACCGAUGAUGAGGACGAUGAUGGUGAGGAGGAGAGACUGAUUCACUGAUGGCUGCGCGUCCACCUGCAUCUCUCAUAUCACCGCAGGCCCGGGAUGCGCGCACACAUGCUCAAGUGCCUCUGAUCAUACAGGAAAUAAUUCUUUCUUAUUCAUCACCUGUGAACAUUGACACAUGAAGACUGAAUGGGUGUAAUGCUUCACCAUACAAACAGAAGAGCUUCUCAUUGAUGGACCAGAAAGAAUCCAGAAUCAUCCUGCAGAAAACCAAUCGACUGCACCAGACAGGGUCACAUGAUCUAAAGAGCAAUCAGAAGACGUACAGUGUCACAGAUGCUGCCUUACACACAUUCUCCACGUCUGCUGCAGUGAGUGUGCAGAGUGGCCAUUCAUACUGCCACGGCAUUACAUCAGUCUUAGAGAAGCAACACUUACUAUGGCCCUUGUCAGCACCUUUGGAGGACCACUGAACUAAUGAGUCCCCAAACCACAGCAUUUUUCUUAAACUCUGCACUGCCAAGGGCUUGAGCCCCCCCCGGGCUUUUGGAAGGCAACAGGCAGCCCCAUUUCACCAUGAUCGAACCUGCAAGUAUCCCUGGGCUGACGCAGGACUGUCUUGUUCAUCCAGUUCGUACAUGUCCGGGCUGCUUCAUCGAGACCAAGGAUGCAUCCACUGUAGAGUCUGGUAUUAACCUCAAAAUGGCUGACGUGAACCGGGACUCCUGCCCUGUGUCUGAUAUUAACAUUAACAUGCAAUGCAUGAGCACAAGUGAGACGGCAAGUUAUGAAGAGCAGCUCCUCUCCGAUCUUCCCUUCGCUGUUUCUAAAACCCAGCUGGUGGAUAAGAAGGACAUAGAGGGGGACUUAAUUGAUCCAGCCUCCAAAAAUUUGUAUGAAGGCCUGCUGUUAGACAAGUGCAGUGGAGAGGAUGGCCUGCUUGCCAAUCCAAAUCAGGACUGGGGCUACUUUGAGUCCUUCAUCAGUGAAAGUAAGAUGGAAUUGCUGGAUCUCUGCUCAAAGAACGAGCUCUCUGUAAACCUGUUCUCCGAAGAGGACGUGGACAAUUACAUGUUUGAUGAUGACGAUGACUCCACUCUGAGCAGUGACGUGUGCUCGCUAAAGAUCCGCUACGAGUCCUUCCAGGACAACAUGAGAGAGAAAACAAAUGUCCUACAAGAGGAGACACAGUUCAACUUUUUCCCAAGUGUCCUGAUAAACUGUGCAAAAAAAGAGGGUGGUGUAGUAAAGCAAGUUGUGGAUGGGCUGCCAAAUAAAGCAGAGGAACUUGGAUUUCAGGGUGACAGCAAAGGAGAUGGGAAUGAGCGCUCAACAGAGCCGACGCUUGAUUACAGCCCCAGAAUGAACUGCUUCAUCGAUUCGAGCUAUUCGGCUGAUGACUCGGGGGAGUACAGCGACGACAGCUCCGCCACUAUAUCCUCCUUCGACACCUUCCAAGACGACAGGUCCAGAAAGAGCGCUUCAAGCUGCUCCAACCAUCUGAAUUACGGAUUACGGGCCAAGAGGAAAGUUCGCUAUAGCGAUGACUACUUGUACUACGUGGACUCCAUGGAUGGUGAAAAAACGAUGGAAAAGCGAGAGAAACCACCUGUUGGUCCAAAGCAAGAACUAGAUGAUGACUGGUGUCCUAAAAAGAGACGGAAAUCGUCUCGCAAAGAUCCACCUUUAAUAACCAAAGUCAUUAUCGUCAACAGGUUUAAAGGAGACAAAUGCAUGGCUGUAAAGCUCGCCAGAAUUGCUACUGCAGACACAUCUGUAAGCUUAAAUGAGGACCAAAUCAGCAAAUAUGAGAAGCUUGCACCCCUUAAAGAUUUCUGGCAGCAGAAACAGAGAGAAAGAGAGAAACUUCUUAAGCUGGCAGCAGGAGAUAAACACAAUUCUCACCAUCAUGCCUUUAGUUCCAGUCUCCCCAAAAGGAAACACAAACUAGCAAACAGGCUUAGGAUUCAGAGAAUUCAAACUGUGGAGCAAUCACCAAACAUGCAGGGUCCCUUCGCCUAUGAUCCCAGGCAGGAGGUUGCUUCUACAGAUGAGACCGCCUCCAUAGGAAGGCCAUUAACAAUAGCCACCAGCUGUGAAACCACAUUAGACCCAAAUGACAUCACACACGCUGCCGCCCGAAAGAGCAGAUCACAAGAGAUGGAGGAAAGAAGAAUGAGAAACAAAAUAUUCAGCAUACAUAAAUUCAGAAGCGAAGCACAACUAAGGAGCCAGAAAAUGAGAGACCUUGCGGAGACAUACGAGGGCAUGAGAGACCAAGACAAUGCGGACGCAGUAGGAGGUGCGGAAGACAAAAAAGUCAGCCCAGCUGCACACAGUCCUCAGUUGUGUGUGAGUCAAAAAGCUAACACCACCGAAACAUUUGCUUUUGUGUCUGCCAACUGUGCUCCGAACAAAGAGCCAUCGUCUGAGAAUGUGACCACGAGUGUCCCCGUCAUACCUGGGGGCUACCUACAAACAUUGUUAGAAGCCUCAGAUUCUUCAGGAGGUGGCACGAGAGCCUCUUUUUUCGCUUCGCAGCCACACAGUCAACACUCACUGGCUCUCUCUCUGGAAAAGCAGCAGUUCACCUCCAUUCAGCUAGCACAAAGCUGUGUACUUUCACCACCGUCAGAAUCUGAGCUCCAACAGUCCCCCCAGAAUUGUCCCAGUCUUGACCAGAUGUGGCACCACCAGCUUCAUCCCAACCAACAAUUCACCACUGCCAAUGUUGCAGAAUCUAAGGUCCAACCCAACCGUUUCAAUGGAGAGACGUCUGUGCCGGUGUCUGAGAGUCUGACAGCAUCUAUGUACAGCCAACUGAGUCUGGAAAGAGACAGAAUGCUUUAUGAAAAGAAUUACAUGUCUGAGCAGCCAUUGCCUCCUGACGUAGAGUUUCAAGCAUUGCAGGGGCAGACCCAGUUUCAAAGAGACUCGCUACACACAGACAACGGCCGCCUCAUCAGUUUUGACUCAGUUGGCUCGCUGUCAGCCACUUCUAGCAAUUACAGCUCUCUGAGCCUUAAGUCCUGUGAGAAAGAUGGUGAAGAUGAUGUAAACGAGAACUUUCUGGCCCACUGCAGUCCCAAGCUAGUGAUUCAGCAGAGUGUUGAUGCAAUCACACCCCUGAGAGAGACCACGGACUUGCUGGAUAUCUCCAACUUCACUCCUGAUAAAUUCCGACACACAUCAUUGUCAGAGCUGUCUCCUCCGGAGACGCCUAAUUUAUCCCCUCAAGUUAUGGGUCGUGAGAUGAAGAGAGCUGGAAAGGCCAGUGACCUCCAGAAUGGGGCUAAAAUGUCAUGCACCAAAGACACGGACUGGAACUGCAGUGAGAUAGAGCAGCAAGAUUUGAGUAGAUAUCCAGUAGAGAGUCGUGAGUAUCAGCUGCACAUUUUUGAUGGUGAAGAUAACUCAAGCCUGGCAACGAAAGAGGAAAACCGAGCUCAACAUGACGGUGAUGUGAGCGCAAUUAAGGGGACCAAGACAAAGAGGAAGAAUAGCAGCAAACAAUCUACAGGCCAGUGUAGCAAAAAAAGCAAAGCCCCAAGAGCUAAGGCAGACAAGGGCAAAAUUUCAAGGCAGACUUCGCGGGCAUCUAAAAAGCUUAAGGCUUUAUUAGAUGAAAAGGGUGCUAAAGGCCAGAUUGAGGGUUCGGCUCAUUCCCUGAAAGAGAGCAGCUCUGAGGAAUGGACUGCAGCUGGUUGGUCAGAGGGCAAAAUUCAAGGCCAUGAUGAGCACAGAGAGUUUGAAGAGCCAUCCAACAUCUUAUCAAACAUUGUCUCAGGGAUGGCCGAGGUGCAGCGAUUCAUGAUGGCCUCUAUUGAGCCAGCGUGGGGCCCAGCAGCCAAUAUCUGCCUUCCUUCAGAGACAAACAGCCUAAAGUUAAAAACUCUCAAAAUCCUGGCAGGAACGUCCUCAGAUCCGAAGAAGAAAGCCACUGCUUCUGUGGGCACCAAAGGCAAAAAAGUCGGGACAAAAGGUGGCAAAAAUCAGGCCAAGCUUAAUGGCUCCCUGCCCGGUUUACCUCAGUUGGCAUUGGGCUGUACCAUGUUUGACAAACCUAACCUUGCCGUUCCUGGAAUCAAUGGGCCUGCACACAAAAAGAUGUACCGUCACAAAACAAGUGCGAAAUUCUCUCGGAUGGAAAAUCUAAAGGCCACGCAACCCGAACGAGACCCAAACAAGGACACACCACUAAUGGCUUCUUUUGAGAAACUGAGGUAAUGUUUUUCAACUAGCUGCUGUUGCACGUUUCUCACUUUUCCCAUUUCCUCCUGUUUUCCUGACAUACCUACACACUGAUUUGACUCCAGAGAUGCAUGGGGUGGCGUUAUUCUUUAAGUAUCCCCCACUUUUUUGCCCCCGAUGAGGAUUUUGAUAUCUUGCAUGAGACACUUCUUGUACUCGCCAUUUAACUACCUAUUGACUGGUUGUGCAAAGCUUGAUUGAGAUUUCAAUUGAUCACGGCUGCAUUUUUCUUCUGCAUUCUUGUUUUUGCUUUCUUCCUUGCCGUUGUUGAUGGGGUUUUUUUUGUCUGAAGAAAUAAUUUGAUAUGUGCAAAUUCUCUUUUGGACUAUGUUUUUGUAAUUUUCUUAGUGAAUCUUGAUGACCUUAUGUAAUUAUAUUUCUCUCUUCGAACAUGUAGCUGAUGAAAAUGUCUGUGUUUGUGGAGCAAGCUCCGGGUUUGAUUCUGUUUGCAUACACAAAUGCCCCUUUCCUCCCUUUUACCGCCUGACUUUUCUACAUGAGAAAUGCUCAGCAUCUUGUUCGAGAUAAUCCGCACCCUUGCUAGUCUCCUAAACGUCAACAGCACACAAAGGGAUCAUUUUGUAUUGAAGACAUAUCAGAUUAACAUUGGAUUACUUUCUUACUGUUGGAAUGUACUUUUCUCAUGUCUCUCUAUCUACUAUGCUUUUUACAGGACUUGUACUGGAAAUUGUCUUUCAGGGAUAUUUCUGUGCCAUGGAAAUCCCCAAAUGCUUCAUCUUUUUAUUCAAGUUGUAAUAAUAACAUAGAUUGCAGACUAAAAUCAUACAUAAUCUACACGACUAAUCGAUUAUUAUUAUUAUUUAGUGUCACUGUACAGAAAUGCAAAACGUGAAUUCUCUCAGUGUGCCAAAUGUAAACUCUCUGUGAACAUUUAUUAUGUGAAUGAAUAGUGUACUGGCUGUUUGAUUUACUAUCCUGAUGAAUGCUCGCUGUUCUCUUUCAUGGUUUAACCAGAGCAGACAUUUCUGUUUGGUUAAUAUUUCAUUUUUUUUUUUUUUCAUUUGGGACCCUAUAGUUUGAAUAGCACCUGAAGCUGACAGUGGUACAACCACUCAACCAAAACAACCUAAUUUGGCCAAAUUCAGUCAACCUGAGAAUCACUUUGGUUUAGCAAAAGAGAAACUAUAGGACACGAGGGUAAUGUUGACAGAGGAUGCCAUCUGUAUGGAUACAAAACUGAGUGAUGUAACGGGACCAUAAUGUCCUUUUGAUGUACUGAAGUUGAAGAAUGUACUAAAGGGAUGUCAAACAUUUUCAUUAUGUUAUUUCUUGACCCGCAUCUGAACAAUUCCCUGCUUGUCCAUCAUAAAAGUCCUCACUCACACGCCAUUUAUGAAUCAGAGCAAGUGCUUAUCACAAUCAGAAAUACCACAAGUAUAACUGUCUCUCACUGUUGAAAGUGUUCCAGCAACAACAAAUAUUUGUUUUAAACAAGUCAACACACGAAACUUGUCAACCGUCGAGCGGGGCUAACUGAAACUUGUCACAACAGAAGUCAUUGAUUUACAUGUUGUUUGAUGUGUUAGCCAUACAUUAGCCAUAUUUAAAUUGAGGUUUUCUAUCUCUACACUUUCAAAUUUGCCUAAAAACCCUUGAAACCAAACGGUCCUUAAUACGUGAUUGGCAUGAACCGCAGGAUAAUAGUUGACUAAUUUUACCAAGAGUUCUAUCUCAGGUAAAGUACUGCCUUACAUAAAGCUCUGACCACAUCCGCCUGUAGUCGGCCAUGUUUAGGAUGAGGAUGAUAAUGAGAAAACCGCACAUGGCUCGCUGUCGGGCGGUCUUGUCUGCCUUCUCUCAUUUCUACCUGUUGUCAAAUGAAUGUACUUUGUACUGUGUGCCCCUGUCUCCACCUGCUGGUGCUACGAGGGUAAAUGCAUUCUCCCACAAAUGAUAAAACAAGGAAUAAAUGACGUGAAAACCCGUUCUGCUCUUUAUGAAUGUACUGUAUAUGCUUCUGUUUGAUGUAUUCACAACAUGAUUCUUUGUCAUUAAUUGGAAUUGCUUUUACCUUUUUGAUGGAGAAAUUAUUAAGCUUUAUAAAUAUUGUCUGGAGUUGAUACCAGAGGGAUUCUUAAUUAACUCUCGACAUUACAAAAAUAUUGUAUAUUUUUCUCUGUGCCAAUUUGUAAGAUAUUUUGUAAGUGUAUAUUUUUCUUAGAAUGUGUUGUGAAGUAUUAGUGUGUGUGCGUGUGAGUGUGAGCGUGUGUAACCUUUUUUUGUGCCUCUAGGCCGUGAAAAGGAUGUAUAAUGAGCCGUUUCUGGUUUUAAAAACCAAAAUACUAAGAAACACAAAAAAGGGAAAAAUCUACAUUUUGUUGCAAGUUUUGUAAGAAGAAAAUUCUCUGGCUGUGAGAGUGUUGUAUUAUUGUGGAAAAAAGAGGAAGUAAUUGUGAACUAUUUGCCGUUUUAUAGAUUUUCAUGUAAAUUAUUCUUGUAUUAUUUUAUGUUGUAUCUGUUGCGAAGGUUUUAAAUAUUUGUCAUUAAGCCUGUAUGGUGAAAUGUAAUAUUGGUAACUUGCUGAGUUUUGUAAUAAUGUUUAUGGAGUACAUAUACAAAUUAAAAUGAGAUUUUGA